GCCGCGCCCCCCGCCCACCCGGCACGCCCCGCCGCCCCGCCCGGCUGCAGAGGCCCUGGAGCCGCCCCGCGGGCCUGCACGACCCUCGCAGCGGCCAGGUUCUCCUCCGCUGCCGCCGCCCGCCGCCAUGGACGUGUACCCCCCGCACCGGCUGGGGUUGCCCCGCGCGUGGUCUGCCGGCGGCUCCGGCCGCGGGUCGCCCUCCGUCAGCUGCAGCCGACUCCGCCAGGUUCAGAGCAUCCUGACCCAGAGCAGCAAGUCUCGACCCGAUGGGAUCCUCUGCAUUCUAGGAAUUGAUAGCAGGUACAAUGAAGGCUGCAGAGAGCUGGCAAAUUAUCUUCUGUUUGGUUUAUACAAUCAGAAUACCAGUGAUUUUGAGAAAACAGGGUUUUCUGAAGAAGUUCUAGAUGAUGUAAUUAUAUUAAUUAAGUCAGACAGUGUCCAUCUGUACUGUAAUCCUGUAAACUAUCGCUAUCUCUUACCCUGUGUGGCACAUUGGAGAAAUCUGCAUCUGCACUGCAUGACUGAAAAUGAGUAUGAAGAUGAGGAAGCUGCAGAAGAAUUUAAAAUUGCCAGCUUUGUGGACAUGGUUCGAGACUGCAGUAGAAUUGGCAUUCCUUAUAGCUCCCAAGGUCACUUGCAGAUAUUUGAUAUGUUUGUAGUAGAGAAAUGGCCAAUUGUACAGGCCUUUGCACUUGAGGGCAUUGGAGGGGAUGGAUUUUUUACCAUGAAAUAUGAGUUGCAGGAUGUGAGUUUGAAUCUAUGGAAUGUCUACAGCAAAAUGGAUCCUAUGUCUCUGGAGAGUUUGCUUUCAGAAGAUUUGAUGGCUUUUGAACAUCAGUGGACUAGCUUCUUUGCUAAUUUUGACACAGAAAUUCCUUUCCUGCUGGAGCUUUCUGAAUCUCAGGCGGGUGAGCCAUUCAGAAGUUAUUUCAGUCAUGGAAUGAUCUCUAGCCAUAUCACUGAAAACAGCCCUAAUAGACAACCAUUUGUUCUCUUUGGUAAUCACUCCACACGAGAAAACCUGAACACUGGCAGCUUUAACUUCCCCUCUGAAGGGCACCUGGUACGCAACACUGGUCCCAGUGGGAGCUUUGCCAAACACAUGGUGGCACAGUGCGUCUCACCAAAGGGACCCCUUGCUUGUUCAAGAACAUACUUUUUUGGAGCUACUCAUGUUCCUUACUUGGGUGAUGACAACAAGCUGCCCAAGAAAACUGAACAAAUUAGGCUCUUGUCACAGGUCUAUGCUGCUGUUAUUGAGGCUGUUUUGGCUGGCAUUGCAUGUUAUGCUAAAACUUCCAGUCUAACAAAGGCCAAGGAAGUAGCUGAGCAGACCAUGGGAUCUGAGUUAGAUUCCUUUGAGUUGAUGCAGUUUAAGGCAGCCCUACGCUCCAAGAUGGCUUUUCAUAUACAUGCUGUGAAUAAUCAGGGAAGAAUCGUGCCUCUGGACAGUGAAGAUAGCUUAUACUUUGUGAAGACGGCUUGUAUGACUGUCUAUGACAUUCCUGACUUGCUGGGAGGAAGGGGGAGCUUAGGAUCUGUGGUCUUCUCAGAAUCAUUUUUGACAUCUCAGAUCUUGGUUAAAGAAAAGGAUGGCACUGUUAACACAGAAACCAGCUCCAUAGUCCUGACAGCCGCCAUACCCAGAUUCUGCUCCUGGCUGGUAGAAGAUAAUGAAGUAAAAUUGUCUGAGAAAACCCAGCAAGCAGUGAAAGGAGAUGAGUGUUUCCUGGGAACUUUUCUAACAGGAGGAGAAGGAGCAUAUCUUUAUUCCAGCAAUGCACAGUCUUGGCCUGAGGAAGGGAAAUUGUAUUUCUUCUCUAGCGGCCUUCUGUUUUCUCACCGUCAUCAUGGAAGCAUCAUCAUUUCCAAGGAUCACAUGAAUUCCAUUUCAUUCUAUGAUGGGGAUUCCACCAGUGUUGUUGCUGUCCUUCUGGUACACUUCAGAAGCUCAUUACUUCCUCAUCUCCCAGUUCAUUUCCAUGGUUCAAGCAAUUUUAUGAUGAUUGCCCUUUUCCCCAAAUCAAAGAUCUACCAAGCAUUUUACCCAGAGGUCUUCUCCCUCUGGCAACAGCAGGCUAACUCAGGGCUGUCUUUAAAAGUGAUCCAGGAAGAUGGAUUAUCUGUGGAACAAAAGAAAUUACACUCCAGUGCACAGAAGCUCUUCGAUGUCCUGAGCCAUGCUGCCAGGGAGAAACGAAGUCCUCUAAAGCUGCUCUCCGCCAAACUCCCAGAGCUGGACUGGUUUCUCCAGCAUUUCGCCAUCAGCAGCGUUAGUCAGGAGCCUGUGAUGAGGGCCCAUCUCCCUGUCCUGCUGCAGCAAACUGAAAUCAGCCCUACUCACCGAGUAGAAAAUGACAAGGUCAUUAUCAGCAUUGUGACUGGCCUCCCGGGAUGUCAUGCUAGCGAGCUCUGUGCUUUUCUGGUCACUCUGCAUAAGGAAUAUGGCAGGUGGAUGGUGUACCGCCAAGUCAUGGACAGCUCUGAGUGUUUUCAUGCUGCCCACUUCCAGAAGUACCUUUCCAGUGCCCUGGAGGCCCAGCGGAACCGCUCUGCCCGCCAGUCAGCCUACAUCCGCAAGAAGACCAGAUUGUUGGUGGUGUUACAAGGCUACACAGAUGUUAUUGAUGUUGUCCAGGCCCUGCAGACCCAUCCAGACUCAAAUGUCAAGUCUUCCUUCACCAUUGGUGCCAUCACAGUGUGUGUGGAGCCCCUGAGCUGCUACAUGGAGCACAGAUUUCUCUUUCCAAAAUGUCUUGACCAGUGUUCACAAGGCCUGGUGAGUAAUGUGGUGUUCACCAGUCAUACCACGGAGCAGAGGCACCCUCUCCUCGUUCAGCUGCAGAGCCUCAUCAGGGCUGCCAAUCCUACCACAGCCUUCAUUCUUGCAGAAAAUGGGAUUGUCACCAGGAAUGAAGACAUUGAGCUGAUUCUGUCAGAAAACAGUUUUUCAAGUCCUCAGAUGCUACGAUCUCGAUAUUUAAUGUACCCUGGCUGGUAUGAAGGUAAAUUUGAUGCUGGAUCAGUCUUUCCAUUAAUGGUUCAGAUCUGCGUAUGGUUUGGUCGUCCCUUGGAGAGGACUCGCUUUAUAGCCAAAUGUAAAGCAAUUCAGUCUUCCAUCAAGCCAAGUCCUUUCUCUGGAAACAUCUACCACAUCCUGGGCAAAGUGAAGUUUUCAGACUCUGAGAAGACCAUGGAGGUCUGCCACAACACUUUGGCCAAUUCCUUGAGCAUCGUGCCUGUAUUGGAGGGACCCACGCCACCACCCAACUCCCGAGGCACACCUCAAGACAGCAGCGGGCAACAGGAGUGUUACCUCGUGUUCAUCGGCUGCUCCCUGAAGGAAGAAAGCGUCAAGGACUGGCUACGGCAGUCUGCUAAGCAGAAGCCUCAGAGGAAAGCCCUGAAGACCAGGGGAAUGCUGACCCAGCAGGAGAUCAGGAACAUCCAUGUUAAACGCCACCUGGACCCCCUACCUGCAGGCUACUUUUAUAAUGGCACCCAGUUUGUCAAUUUCUUUGGAGACAAGACUGAUUUUCACCCACUCAUGGACCAGUUCAUGAAUGACUAUGUGGAAGAAGCCAACCGGGAGAUCGAAAAGUAUAACCGGGAGCUGGAGCAGCAGGAAUACCACGAUCUCUUCGAGCAGAAGCCUUAGGGGAAGGCUGCAGCAUGUCCACUUGAGAUGGACAGGAUGGGUGUCUUAGCCUCAGUCCCUCCAGAGGCCCCUCCCGCAGGGGCUGUCUUCAUUCUCCUUGGCCUUUGUGUGCUGGCUUGAGUGCAUGUUGUCUUUAUUCUCUUUGCAGCGCUGAAGAGCAUCACCUGCACCACUGAUUUGGGGGGAUGGGUCCGCAUGGAGCAUGAGCAGACAAGGACUGCAGUGUGUGUGGCUGACAGUCCAGGACCUCCAGGUCUCUCACAGUAUCUCCUUUGGGUGGUUGAAGCACUGUGUGCAUGUGGGGAAGCAUUUGGAGUGCACAGAGGAGCUGCUAGGAUGCAGAAGGAACCCUAGCUACCCAAAUUGGAGCCACCCUUGAGGAGGGCCAGGCCACCACAGACCUCAGGCCUCAAGACAGUGCCCCAGAAGAGCCUUAUCCCAGUGCCUGCCUUCCUGGUCAGGCUCCUCCCAUUGAGGGACCUGGCCCUCCUGGCCCUGGGCCAGUCCUGGGGGGACAGCACAAGCUCUGCCCCAGCCCAACCCAGAGUCAGCUGGGGCUGAGAUCAGUAGCUGUUCUGAAAUGAGGGGCUUGUUCUUACAGACUAAAGUGGAAGGCGUCCUGCUUUCCAGAAGCGUGUGGCAUUGAGCUGACACAAGCAGUCCCCUCAGGAUUGGUUUUGAGUCCCCUUAUGGUAUCACUCCCGUUUGCCUAAUUCAGGGGCCAGAGCAAACCUGCUGCUGAAGGCUCCCUGGUGAGGCUUUGCCUCACCGCUGAGGGGAGCAUCCUGCAACUGCUCAGUUUUAGGUCCUGAUCAUUUUUGGGGGUGUCAUUGAAUGGGGUUCAGUCUCCAGCACCUAACCCUCCCCUCAGCCUUGCCAGGGAAGGUCUGGAUUUCAGCCACAAACUUCAGGAAAUUCGUGCCCCCAAGCUUUGUUCCUGGCCCUGGAUUUUUUGGGCUCCCGAGGACCAGGAAUUUCAAAGAAUUCCAAUGUGCAAAUUAGAAUUCCUUCCAGUGGCUUUGUUUUCAGCUGGACCGUAAAGCAGAGGGGAAUUACAGGUAUGUCCCAUGCUGACCUCCAGAACUAGUGUGGAGAAGGGGAGGUCCCAGGCACCGGUAUUUAGGUGAUGUCUGUUAGGACUUCAGCGCCUCAGCUGCCUAGGUUGUAAAUGCUUUCUGAAUUUCAUGUUGUUGUUUUGCAUGCCUUAGGAACAAGCACAUAGGCGAAACCAGCAAAGUUUCCAGUAAUGUAGUGGGGCUUUUGAGAAAGGCCCCUGGUGCAGAGUCAGAGAAAGGAUGGAGCACAUGUAGUCUGUGUGCCUGGUCACACAGAGGCCUGCAUGCAAGUACGAAAGCAAUUGUACGGACUUGUUGCUACCACGUACUUGUAUUAGGAAAAAACAAUUUGUAUUUGAAGCCAAAUGAACAAAACUCCAGUACUACUGAGUAAGAAAUCUUGCAUGAAGAAAGGCUUCUGAAGACUCGUGUUCUCCAGUCCCAGCUCCCAAAGCUGCUGGUGACAAGGCCCCAGGUGUGGAGCCCAAGUCUGGGAGCCCCUAAUGUCUGGCUGGCCAGAGUUUGGGGUUCACAGUGGACUUGCUCUGCUCCAGAAUCAAUAAUAUAGAUAUUAAGUGCAAUUGAUUAAAUAAGCAAUGAGUUACUUGUAGCUUCCUUUAGCUCUGCUGAGCUCUUUUUAAAAACUCAAACUUGAGCAGCCUUAGAAAAGGGGUGGGUGGGGUGGGUGGGACCAUUUCCUCCAGGUGGGUUGCUGUGAAGUUUUAAAUGAAAGCUCCAGAUCUUGGAACUCGAGCCAUUUCCUGGCUGCUGCACAAAAGAGUUUUUAAAGAGGGGUCGAACCCGCCCAUAGCAGCGGGCCUUCCCACUGCGUGGGGCUGUACUUACGUGGUGGUCUUGAUUUCUGACCAUUGUCCGGAGAAAUGCUCUCUCACCAACUUGCCCCUCUUAGAGGGAAAACUGUGAUUACCUCAACCAGAACAUGAAACUGUGAUUGAAAAAAGUCAAAACGUUAAGUUUAAAAGCCAAGUGGCAAAACUGGCUAAGGCCUCCUCAGACACUCCUCAGCCUGCUCAGGAGUGUGAAGGGGCACAUCGGUGAAAGGGCAUUUCACUCCUUGGGGCACGCUCUGUGCCUGAUGAAGGGGCGCACUGGCAGUGCACGGUGUGAGCUCUUUGAGGACUGAGGCCGGGGUGCAUCCUCCGCACUGCCUCUUCCAGAACCUGCGGGCCUCUGGGUUCUGACCCUGAAGCUUAAUAUCCACUUGAUUCCUCCAGGUGGAGGGUGGGGGCUAUGACACUGUGUUUUAGAUUUUGACCUUAGAAGUGGAUACUAAGGACCCCGCAAAGACAUCGGGUGGGUUCCUAGGGACAGGCAGAAGUCCUCCGGGGCUGACACGCUUUUUGCCAGCUUUCCUGUUAGCAGCUUCAGUUUUAUCACCCAGAGUGCGUGUGAUGCUGUUGAAAUCGCUGAAGUUAUGGGUCAUUUUACGUUUUGAUGUGGGAUUUUUUAUUUUAUUUUAUUUUAUUUGGAGGGAGGAGGCAGAAAUUGGAGAAAAGGGAUUACCCUAGGAAGGGGCGGCUGGCAAGGAGUUAGGUCGGCUCCCCUAAGCCCUGGGGCUCUCUGACCUCAGCCUGCACACAAGGCCCUGCAGGUCACAAGAAAAACUUCCCUCCUAAAUUCAAUUAGGAUUCUGGAGAAUUUUUGCACAGUAAUAAGCUCUGAGUUGCUCUUCAGGCUUCUCGAAAGGGAAAAGUUAACUCAAAGAUUGUAAACUAUUAAGUAUUCAUUCCAGCAUGUUGCUGACCUAGUUGGAUAGUUGUACCUCAAAAGUAGGUGAGAAAUGGCUUCCUCGUUGUCUUAGGUUGUCAAAUACUAAUGACAGAAGAAGAGCUCACUUACGUGCCAAAAUUCACUUUUAUACUAGUUUUUCAGUGCUUUAAUAUUUGUAACUUAAAUUUUAAAACUCAUUUACAAACACUACUGUAACUUCAGUGAAACUGAAUUGUGUGAUUGAAGCUUUUUGCUUAUUAUAGUAUUUAUUACACUACUUAAUUCAGUAAAUAUAUUAAAGUAGCCUUCAAUUUAUUUUUAUAUUAUUUUACAUGUUUUUACCUGCAGUUGUGUAUUUGAAUUGACCUUGGUAACAGAUGUGAUGCUAAGGACCAAUAAACUAUCACUGAACAA